UGUGGAGGGGGCAAUAGCGUCAAAUAGCCAGCAUCUAUGCUUGUUUGAGCGUCUGCGGAGUCUAUGUGAGUCUAUGAGUAUUGCGGUUAGUGGUUGUUAGCGGUCGCAAACGAGUGUCGUUACCAUUCCUACAACGUUACGAUUUAUGGCAAGGGAUUGCGAUCCAACGACGGGAAUACCAGACGCGGAACAAGGAUACCACGACGAAUAUAUGUUGGAAAAUUUGGAAGUGAUUCUAGCUGAUCAAGUACGUGGCGUUGGUAACAAAGGCAUGGACUUAAUACCGCUUGAGAUACAUACGCUGCGAAAGGAUUUGUCAAGCUAGAGGAGACAUUCGCUUUGGGAGCUACAGUGACGUCUUUAGAAGGAGCCGGAGCGGAUAAAUAAUUAAAAUUAUAAUAAUCAUUCCAAUGUUUAGUGCAUACAAAUAUGAGGCAUGGAUUGCUGAGUGCCAGAGAAUUAUUGACAGAGAAAACAAAAAGAAAUUGAAGCUAAAAAGAGUUGCGGCAGCUCUUAUCAUUAAUGAAAUGAGAAAGAAGAAAAAGAGGCCUUAUAAAAAGAAAAGUUUUUGGAUUCGUCCGUUAUUUCUACUGCGACAGAUUCAUGGCUUUUACGAAGCCAUAUUUCCCACACUUUCUUUGGACAAAGACAUGUUCAAAAAGUAUAUACGUAUGACACCUAGUCAAUUCGAGGAACUGCUUGGUUUGGUUGGGCCUCUUAUUUCUAAAGAGAGUGGAAUAAGAAAUCCUGUACCUGUUGCAGCACGAUUGGCUAUGACAUUGAGAUACUUGGCAACAGGUGACUGCAUGACUUCGACUGCUUACCAGUAUCUUGUUGGGUUUACUACAGCAAGUAACAUUAUUGGGGAAACAUGCGAAGCCCUUUGGAAUUGUCUCAGCAAAGAAGUACUGCCGUUUCCAUUGAAAACAACAGACUGGUUGAACAUUGCUCAAGAAUUUGAAAAUCAAUGGCAGUUCAAUCAUUGUAUAGGUGCUAUUGACGGGAAACAUAUAUUAAUUGAGUGUCCUGACAAUGCUGGCUCUGCAUAUUUCAAUUACAAAAAUGCUCACAGCAUUGUAUUGUUGGGAAUCUGUGAUGCCAAAUAUAUAUUCACGUUAGUCGAAAUAGGUGCCUAUGGCCGUCGCAGUGAUGGCGGAAUUUUUAGAGAUUCCAUAAUGGGCCAAAAAUUCAACGAGAGACAAAUGAGUUUACCGAAACCAGAACGGCUGACAGACGAUGGAAUGCCUUUGCCGUAUGUUCUUGUCGGUGACGAAGCAUUUCAACUAAGUGAUUACUUACUUCGGCCGUAUCCUGGCAGAGGAGGUCUUAGCCAAGAUUGGAGUAUUUUUAACUAUCGUCUCAGCCGUGCUCGAAGAACUAUUGAAAAUGCCUUCGGAAUAUUGGUCAGUCAGUGGAGAAUUCUUAAAAGACCCAUCAAUGCUACUGUUGAUAACACAAUUAACAUGAUUAAGGCCAUUAUAUGUCUCCAUAAUUGGCUUCGAAAGCGUGACGAUACAAAUGAAUAUAUUUCACCAAAUACGGGUGAUCAAUAUGGUUCUAACGAUUUAAUUUCUGCAUCUUGGAGACAAGAAGUAGGGGAUUCGGCACUCCAAGAUGUUAGUAUUUACGGUAACCAUAACAGUAGCCGAUCUGCCAUAGCUAUUAGGGAAGAAUUUUCUAAUUUUUUCAAUGGAGAAGGAGCUGUUCCCUGGCAAUAUAAUCGUAACUAA